CAGGUCCUUUGUCCCCACCCGCCGCCUAAGAUCGUAUAAACGUUCGCCUAGGGUUUCAAUGAAUCCGGCGUAGCCCGAGCUUGAUACCAGAAACACAGGCACUCGUUUAUUCUCUUACAGAUUGAGAGUCGUCGAGAAAAUUAAGAUUCGAUAAUGGGUGGCAAAUGUCCUCACCGGAAAGUGAAGAAGAGAAGGUUUUCUCACAAGUCAUCUCGCCGAGCGAAGUUCCUUCUCAAAGGCGAUGAUGCUGUAUACGAACAGCUUCGGAAGCCAGAUGAGGAGAGGAAGCCCCUGCCCCAGGAUGAAGAUCUUCCAGGGAUGGGGCAGUACUACUGUUUACACUGCGACCGGUACUUUGCGAACGUGACUGUGAGGGAUGAGCAUUUCAGAACGAAACGCCACAAGAAGCGUGUGAAGCAAAUGAUGGGACCUGCACCACAUACUCAACUGGAUGCUGACCUAGCUGCGGGGAUGGGGAUGCCUGACAAUGGUCCAAAGCUAAUGUCCAUGUGAGCCACCUAACUUUUAUUGCAGUUAAAGAAAUCAGCCUCUCUAGCUGAUAGAUUUUUGUCCAUUCAGUAACUGGCUCUACUCGCCCAAAUUUUCUUAAAAGUUGAUACAUAUUAGGUCCUCAUUUUGCAAAGCGGAGUGCAAUCAUUUAUCUCAUUGUUGUUCACCUUGUGAAGUCUUCCCUUAUUUGGUAACCUGUACAUUAAUUACCAAAUGAUAUCAAAAUCUCUACAUUUAUUAUCAAACGAUGCCAGGUGCAUUAACACAACUAAAAGCUGAAGGGAUGAAACAUUUGAUGAUUUA